CACGCGAUCCUUGUCCUGCCUAGGAAGACGCACAAAGACGGGAGGUUGCCAGCCCUCCACUUGCCAGCCCUCCCGCUUGCCAGCCCUCCACUUCCUUCCCAACGCUUGACACCAACCACCGGACAGAGCAGUUCGUUCAUCUUCAUCAUUUCACCACCCGCUCUCACCUUCAUUCCAAACGAUUUUCCAUCUCGCCACACCUCUGCUCUGCCCUGCUCUCUCCUACCGCGAAGUUGGGAGCUCUCACUCACCAUUGACUGUUCAUUUGGGGCUGGCAGAGCUGCCGAGUAGAUUUGAUCCGAGUCGUCCGCUUGCUCUCUCGAGUCCGAUCCGACACCGCCGCCGAGGCCGACUUCAUGUGAUUCCUCGACCCCCUUUCUCUCCAAACACAACCGCGUUGUUGUCCCCGAGAUGGUGCGACGGCCACCCGGCCACGUCGCUCAACAGCGCAGGUACCUGGUGGCAUUCGCCGCCAUCCUCUUGCCAUGGCUUCAACUCGCCGAUGCUCAGCAGCAGCAUCUCGGCCAGCCGCAGGAGCUUAGCUCCGCCCCCGUCGCCGAACAUGCCAUCAGAAAGCCGCCCGCGACUGCCUUGAUGGCCGAUGGAAUCCAAGACACCCCCUACGUCCAACACCGGCGGAAGAAGACCAUCACCGGUCAAGACGCCAACGACGAAAUGGACCGACACAUCAAUCGCCCUUCCCCCUAUGGCGAUUUUAACAUUCCUGACGAUGCGAGCGCCGUCGACACUUAUGCUCUGGACCCGUCCGUUCGAGCACCAUCCCCUCCGAGACACAGACUGGGCACUCAUGAUGCUGCCGAGCUCUCGUCGCCGCAAACUGCGCGGAGUCUGGAGGAUUGGGAAGUGGAAGACUUUGUCAUUCUGGCGACCGUCGAUGGAGACCUGUAUGCCUGCGACCGCAAGACGGGAAAAGAACGCUGGCGCCUCGAGGUAGAGCAGCCCAUGGUUGAGACCAAGCACUACCGCACGAAUCACUCCGAGCUCGACGACGACUACAACCCCAUCGAUCACUACCUCUGGGUUGUCGAGCCCAACCUCAAUGGGGAUCUAUACCUGUGGAUUCCCAAUCAGGCCGGCACUGGACUGGUCAAGAUGGGAUAUACCGUGAAGCAGUUGGUGGAGAACCUCACACCCUACGACGACAAGGAGCAGAACAUAUUGUACAUCGGGGACAAAAAGACCACCCUUGUCACCCUCGACGCGGCGACUGGCCGUGUCCUGAAGUGGUUCGGGUCUGGGGGAUCUCAGAUCAACGAGAUGGAGCGCUGCCUCAAGCCCGUUCCUCUUGCCGACAUGGAUAGCGAGGAGUGCAGCAACAGCGGCACCAUCACCCUUGGCCGCACCGAAUACAACAUCAGAGUCGAGUACAGCGACGGACGUGGCGCCAUCGCGACCCUGAAUUACGCCGAAUGGGGUCCCAACGUCUACGAUAACGAUCUUCUCAAGCAGUACCAUGCCACCAUGGAUAACCGCUAUAUUACGAGCCAGCACGACGGCCAAGUCUACGGCUUUGACUACGCUCGCUUCGAGGGCGGCCGGCCGUACUUUGCCCAGAAGCUCACCUCUCCCGUUGCCCGAGUUUUCGAUGUUGCCCGCCCCUGGGACGCUCCCUCUGGCAGCAACGCCGAGCUCGUCAUCCUCCCUCAGCCCCCGCCCCCCCCGGAAGACGACAAUGUCGACCGCAUGCGACGCGAGAGCAUCUUCCUCAACCAGACUGAAGCCGGCAGCUGGUACGCCAUGUCGGGCAGAUCUUAUCCCUUGAUUCUCCACGCCCCACCUGCAAAGAUUAACAGUCAAGAAUGGUGGGAGGCACACCAAUCUCGAGGCAUGCUGAGUGAGGUUCAGAUGUCAAAGGCGUUGAUCGGAACCCAUACCCUGGAGAACAGACACAGGCGACGUAGGCCCUCUGGCCUCAGAGAACCACCAUUGCUCAUUGGGGAUGGCUCAUCAGCGGGCGGCGCUUCGGCUGUCGAUCCGUUUGAGGUGGAGGACAUGGACGCCAAUCGCUCAACGCCGUCGGAGGGGUUGCUAGGCUCGUUGCCCUCGACUCAGCCGCAGGUAAAGUCGCUCGUGGCUGCGACCCUGAAGCUUCCCGGACUGGCCGCGGGCAAGGUUGUGGAUCUUGUCAGCAACCCCGUUUUAAUCAUCAUCUUUGUCGUCUUCCUCUUCUAUUACCAGAAAGACCUUCGUCGAUGGCACAAUCGCAACCCCAGGGGCGAAGGCUCCUUCUCAUCGCCGAUUGAGGUCAGGACCGAGCCAACUCCCAACUCGGCCGAAGGUGACCAGUCGCCCACUGAGGAGCUCGCCGAGCCCAAGGCGGACGCCAACGUUCAGGAACCCGCCCCCGAGGCGCCGGCGGCGGACCUGAUCGUGCCACCCGCUACGGCUGACAGCGACGGAUCCCCAACCGUCAGGUUCGCCGAACUCGCCGAAGGUGGCGAUCAAGGCGGAGCCCUGCCAGAGAGGGACGAGCAAUACGGCUCGGCAACGCCUGAGCCUGGCAAGAAGAAGAAGGCGCAUCGGGGCAGUCGGGGUGGGGCCAAGCACAAGAAGCGCAAGGAGAAGCGGGAGGCUUCGCAAUCUCGCGAUGAUGACCCCCCUCAAGCCACCGUGCAGGAGGUUAUCGACAAGGCGAAACGGCUGGGCGAGCAACCUCGCUUGGAGCCGGACAUCCAGACCGUCACGAACGACCCCGAAGAGGUCUCGGGCCCCGUUCUGAGGAUGGGCAGCCUCGAGGUCAACGAGGAUCAGCAGUUGGGCACUGGCAGUAACGGGACUGUCGUAUUUUCUGGGAAGUGGGACGGACGGGAUGUCGCCGUGAAGAGAAUGUUGAUUCAGUUCAACGAGAUUGCUAGCCAGGAGACGAGGCUACUGAGAGAGAGUGAUGAUCACCCAAAUGUCAUCCGUUACUUUGCCCAGCAGCAGCGGGCGGCGUUCCUCUACAUCGCCCUCGAGCUGUGCCAGGCAUCAUUGGCGGACAUCGUGCAGAGGCCGAACCUAUUCCGAGAACUCGCGCAGGCCGGCGAGCGCGACAUGCCGGGCGUUCUGUAUCAAGUCGCCAACGGAUUGAGCCACCUUCACAGCCUGCGUAUCGUCCACCGCGACCUCAAGCCUCAGAAUAUCCUUGUCAACAUGGGCAAAGAUGGGCGACCGCGUCUACUGGUGUCCGACUUUGGACUGUGCAAGAAGCUGGAGGGCGGCCAGUCAUCCUUCGGCGCCACAACCGCCCACGCGGCAGGCACCUCGGGCUGGCGUGCUCCGGAGCUCCUGCUCGACGAUGAUGGACCGGGACCCAUGAGCUACACCACGGAUCCCGGGUCGAGUCUCCACAGCGGCGAGGGCACGGGCUCGGGGAGUGUUGGACAGGAACUCUUCGGCCCCAACAGCCGGCGCGUGACGCGAGCCAUCGACAUCUUCUCGCUGGGGCUCGUCUUCUUCUACGUGCUGACCAAGGGCAACCACCCGUUCGACUGUGGCGACCGGUACAUGCGCGAGGUCAACAUCCGGAAAGGCAACUACAACCUGCAGCCGCUUGACGUGCUUGGAGACUUCGCGUUCGAGGCGCACGACUUGAUCGCGAGCAUGCUGAGGGCCAAUCCCAAGGAGCGGCCGUCGGCGCGCGAGGUCAUGGCGCACCCCUUCUUCUGGUCGGCCAAGAAGCGGCUGUCGUUCCUGUGCGACGUGUCGGACCACUUCGAGAAGGAGCCGCGCGACCCGCCGUCGGAGGCGCUCGCGGAGCUCGAGCGGUGGGCACCGCAAACAGUCAAGGGGGACUUUCUCAAGAACCUGCCCAAGGACUUUGUCGACAGCCUUGGGAAGCAGCGCAAGUACACGGGGACCAAGGUGCUCGACCUGCUGCGCGCCCUGCGCAACAAGCGGAACCACUACGAGGACAUGCCCGACGCACUCAAGAGGAGCGUCGGUCCGCUCCCUGACGGGUAUCUGGGCUUCUGGAGCAGGAGAUUCCCGAACCUGCUCAUCGCCUGCUGGAAUGUCGUCUACAAUGUGCAGUGGGAGGACACGGACCGCUUUAGGGAGUAUUACGAGCCGGCUGGGCUGUGAGGGAGGGGGGUCUGAGAGAGGGGGGGCGUCUGUACUCCAGGUUCCAGUCCCUUCGGCUUCUACGGGAUCGGGAUGGC